AUGCAAGAACACUUCAAGCCACGACCUGCAGAUGUUCUUUUAGUCACGCCUCCGAAAUCAGGUACAACAUGGUUUAAAGCUCUCCUGUUUGCUAUCAUGAACAGAACCCGGUUUAAUACUUCAACACACCCUUUGCUUACCACUAGUCCUCAUGAACUUGUUCCCUUCAUGGAAAUGUUUUUGCACAUGAAUAUCCCAUUCCCAGACCCAGAUCCACUUUCUCCUCCUCGACUCUUCCACACCCACACUCCAUUUACUUCAUUACCCCAAUCUGUCAUAGACUCUCAAUGUCGAAUCGUCUAUGUUUCCCGAAAUCCAAAAGAUGUGUUUGUUUCUUUCUAUUGCUUUCUGCAGGGAGACAACAACUCUGCAGUACGCCUCUCGUUUGAAGAGGCGUUUGAACAGUACUGUAAAGGAUUUUCUCCAUACGGACCCUUCUGGGAUCAUCUACUAGGGUAUUGGAAGGCAAACUCAAAAUGGCCAGAGAGGGUACUCUCAUUGAAAUAUGAAGAUAUGAAGAGGGAUUCCUCAUUUCAUCUCAAGAGGAUAGCAGAGUUCAUCGGUCAACCCUUCUCUUCAGAGGAAGAAAAACAGGGUUUGGUGCAUGAAAUUAUAAAAUUGUGUAGUUUUGAGAGUCUAAGUAAUAUGAAGGUUAACAAGACUGGAACCCUCCGAGCAGGCUACCUGACCGUGGAUAAGAAUUCGUUCUUUAGGAAAGGUGAGGUUGGAGACUGGAAGAAUCAUCUUACAGCAGAGAUGGCCGAGCGCCUGGACAGGGUCAUGGAGCGAAAUUUGGAUGGUUGUGAUUUCUCAUUCGAUGACUCCAGGGACAAAAGAUUGGUCCCAUUAUAG